CGCAUCUUUCCCCCAUUGAACUGAUACAUUCAUCAUGUCCCGAUUAAGCUGUUUGUUUCUCUUUGCCACUUUGAUGUUCCAUAGACAAGCCAGCUGCGCUUGGGAAGAUGAAUCCGGCGAAGAGGAACCUAAAAUUGCUAGACCAGUCGUAGAUAAUUCAUUUCGGGCCCCUUAUAAAUUCGCUGCUUAUCCAUGGCAACAGUGGAGCUUUCCUUAUCCUGGCUAUGCGCCCCUCCAUCAGCCGAGUUUUCGAGUUCCACAAAUCAGCGAGGAGGCUGUCACUGUCUAUUCUCGCCACACUCCAGGAUUCACGCAGAGCUGCCGGUCGUCGUGCACGGGAGAAAAGGGCAAUUGUUUCGAUACUGCCACCUGCUCUGCAUUGGGAGGCAGGGCCAGUGGCGACUGUCUAGGCGGCAAUGUUUGUUGCAUCAACGUGGUGAACACCUGUCACGGUAAACACUUGCGUCACAGUGAUGCGAUCACGCUCAACAACACUUACUGGCAAUCGUCGUUGAGGCCUAUCCCUGCUUCAUCCAGCUGCACGUUGACCGUGAAAUUAGAUUCGAGACCUGGGAACACGCCAGUCCCACCACUACCCUUCCCUCCCGUGCCUGUGUGUCAAGUACGUUUGAGUUUCUUGGUGUUCACAAUCUCUCAGCCGGAUUCGGAAUCCGUCUGCAGUGGGGACUACUUCGAAGUGGUCGGAGCCACUAACACAGUCCCGAAUAUUUGCGGAUUUAACGAUGGCCAGCACAUGUAUUUGCAUGUGCCACCAUCGGAUGUGACGCCAACAGAUUUGCAAUUGACAUUUAACUUUGGUUCGUCUGACAUCGAGACCCGCGCAUGGAACAUUUUGAUUUCCAUGAUCCCCUGCGGUUCUCCUAGAUUAGCUCCAGCGGAUUGCCUGCAAUAUUUCACCACCAGAUCAGGAAUCGUUCAGACGUUCAACUGGAGAGAUGUGGUCGGUACGGCCACCCGACAGUUAUCAAAUCAAGACUACAGCAUCUGUUUCCGAUCAGCGCCAUAUUCUCCUAGGCAAUUGUGCUUGACGCCAUGCACGGUGGUCACGACGCAGAAGCCAUUUAGCCUUAGCACAUCCUCUUCGUUGACGUUGGUAAACACGGUGAAUGUUACUUCACCAUUGCCCGAUGUUAGUCAAUCGGGAUCCCUCGAUUGCAAUAAUGACUUCAUCGUCAUUCCGGGCGGAUUCAAUAUCGGCAAUCCUGCACCAGUUGCGAAUAUGGCCUUUGAUCGUUACUGCGGAGAGAGGCUGAACGCUCUCCCUAGAAACAACGCAUCCACAACUGUUUGCACCACUGCAACGCCAUUCAGAGUGUUGUAUCGCACGAACCGGGACGAGACGCUGAGUUUCCCGACAGCGGAUGCUGCGUUGAAUUCCAUUCCUGCCAAUGGAAACCGUGGAUUCUGUCUCAAUUUCAGACUUCAAUAAUAACAUUGAAUUCCCUUUUUUUACUGGUGGUGAAGGGCACACACGAUUUCCACGUAUAUUUUAAUCUAUCCUCAGUUUAAAAGAUCGUGUAAAACCUUAUCUAUACUGACACAUUGGUGCUGUUCUGGUCUUAAUGAAAUAAAUACUUUGAAAAAUCA